CAGCGCCGAGGAAAUGUGGCGGAUCUCACUGCCGCUGCGGACAGCGCACUCGUCGUCGCUUUUGUGCCAGCGAGGAUGCGUGCCGCUCGCGACGUCGAUUGCACAUUGCGUCGCGCCAUUCAGUACGUUUGAAGAGGGCAAGCCGAAGAAGAAACGCGUCGGUGAGGACGAGUCGGCACUACCCAAGUGGAAGAAGGACCGAGCCGACAAGUUCAAACAAAAGAUGGGGGCGCGUGGUGGCCGAUCCGAUAAGUUCGGUGACUCUUCGUAUCGCAAGGAUGAUAGCGACCGAGGACGACGUGGCGGCAAGCAGUCGUCCAAGUCGUUCGACAAGGGAUCGUCGUCGUCUCCAUUCCGCAAUGAUACUGGCGCCAAGUCGUGGCCCAAGCUCGACAAAGACAAUCGCGACAAGAAACCAUGGUCCAAGGAUAAGUCGAGCUACCAGGACAACAAAGAUGGCAAGGGAAAGUCGUCGUUUUCGUCCAAGAAAUUCGUUGGACAUAAGCAAGCCGACUCGUCGAAGACGUCGACCAAACAGCACACCAAGUCGGACGCAAAAGCUCCGGCCAAAACCAUCCAUGACAUUCAAGCUGAAAAGGAGGCCGCGUGGGCUCAAUUGCGCAAGAUCCGCGUCCCCAAACCAGGGACAGCGCCAACGCCGUCGACCGUCGCAUAUCCCUUCAAACCAUUCGAACCCAAGCCACCUCCUGGAGACAGACUUACGAAAAGCGAAGGUAUUGUCCUGAACAAGAGAAUGCAACGACAGCUCAACAAAAAGAAUCGUGUGUUCGACAACUUGCAAGCGCCGUCCCAGGACAUCGUUGAGCCUUUGCACACGUACGAAGAGCCUGACAGUCCCCGCGGUGUCAAGUCCCGAGGCUUGAAUGUGGCCGUGAUCGGCCGGCCGAAUGCCGGGAAGAGUUCGCUCAUGAAUUCGCUGCUUGGCUUCAACGUGUCGGCAGUGUCGGCCAAGUACAACACGACGCGGGACCGAGUGCUGGGCGUGCUGACCAAGGGUGACGCGCAGAUUGCUUUCUACGACACCCCUGGUCUUGUCAACCUCAAGGAUUCUCACACAUAUGUGCGGUCUUUGGCGGUCACGGCGUCGGAAACCAUGCCGAGCGUUGACAUGUCUCUGCUCGUGGUGGACGCUGUCAAGCGCUUAGACGAUCAAGCGCUGGAAGCUUUGAAAAACAUUGCGAUCUCGUCGGCCAGAGAGUCGGCGCCCAUCAUGCUCGUCAUGAACAAGAUGGAUUUGGUGGGGCCGAUGGAGCGACCUCACGUCGCCAAGCGCAUCGAGGUCCUGAGUGACAUGAUUGAGGAAGCCUUUGCAACUCACGCGCCGAAAGACGAAGAUGUUGAAGACUUUGAAGACGACGAUGGCGAAGAGUUUGAAGGAAAUGAAGACGACGACGACGACGACGACGACUAUGAAGAAUUCGACAUGGACGACUUUGAAGACUUCGAGGACGACUCGUCCGAGCUCGAGCUGGAACCGACCAAAUACCUCCGAGACAAGUGCAUCAAGGUGUCGGCGCACAGAGAAAAGGACGUGGCGAAACUGCGCCAAGAGCUGCUCGAUUUGGCUGUUGAACGGCCGUGGAUGUUUCACUCGCGCAUGAAGUCGGACCGCAGCGACUUGGAACUGGUCACAGAGAUCAUUCGGGAAAAGCUCUACCGUCGAUUCAACCAGGAACUGCCGUAUAUGAUUGAACAAGAAAACCGCGGGUGGACGCCGUUCAGUGACAAGAGUUUGCGCAUUGACCAAGACCUUUGGGUUCCGUCCGACCGCCACGUCAAGACGCUGCUGGGCAAGAAAGGCGACACCCUCCGCGAAGUCGGGACGGCGGCGCGAAAGGACAUUGAAAUGCUCUUGGGACGAAAGGUUCACUUGUACCUGAACAUUCGGGCGAGAGAUACUAAGUAGAUCAAUCCCAUCCCUCGAACCCUUGUCCAGUCGCCGCUUGA